AUGGGGUACCUCAUGGCCCAGAACUUACGAGCCAAGAUUCCCGCAACGGAUACGCUCAUUGUGCGUGACGUGAAUGAGCGUGCCACGUCGAGAUUUGUGGAGGAGACACGACAGGCUGCUCAAAAAAGUGGCCUCGCAGAUGAUGCCAUGAAGGUCGAGGUUGCACAGAGCGCUCGAGAAGUCGCAGAGCAGUCGACCGUCAUGAUUACUAGCCUCCCAGAACCUGAGCACGUCAAGGAUGUUUUCUAUUCAGUUAUGAAACAUGGUGAUCUCCCUGCUCUAUCAGAAGAACGCUUGUUUAUCGAUACUUCGACCAUUGACCCCGCGUCGUCGAAGGAGAUUGCAAAUGCGAUCCAUACAACACGUACUGGUCGUUUCGUCGACGCGCCUAUGUCCGGAGGGGUCGUUGGUGCUCGCGCCGGCACGUUAUCUUUUAUGUUCGGGGCCUCCUCUCAAUCGGGCCAGCUUAUUGAACGCGUGAGGUCGGUUCUGUCGUUGAUGGGAAAGAAGGCAUGGCACCUCGGCCCCCCUGGAGCAGGAGUGUCGGGGAAGCUUGCCAACAAUUACAUCUUGGCGAUUAACAAUAUCGCUACGGCUGAGGCCAUGAACCUGGGGAUUCGUUGGGGUCUGGAUCCCAAGGCCUUGGCAGAGAUGAUCAACACCUCGACCGGCCGCUGCUGGCCAAUGGAAGUCAACAACCCCGUCCCUGGCGUCGUGGAAACGGCACCGGCUUCCCGAGGAUAUGAGGGUGGGUUCGGUGUGAGCUUGAUGAGCAAGGAUCUCAGACUAGCGAUCACAGCUGCGAAGGAGUCCGGAACUCCCUUGGCACUGGCUGGGAAGGCCCGUGAGGUAUACAAUGCUGUCGAACAAGAACAUCGUGGGAAAGAUUUCUCUGUCGUGUACAAGUGGCUCCAAGACGAGUCCAAGUAG